UGCCUCCCUCCAGAACCGCCCCCAGCUCCUCCCUGCUGGGGGCUGGACUGGGAGGAAGGGGGUGGGGUGCGCUUAUAUUUGCAGGUCUUUCCAGCCCCUGGGGCAGCCUGAUUAACCAGCUUCUCCAGGGCCAAGCUGCUGGGGGUGGGGUGCAGCCCAAGGUGGCCAGACCAGCCCCUGAGCCUCCUGGGUGCUGGCAGCUGUCAUGGGGCUCCCCCGGGGGCAGCCUCUCCUAGGGCUGCACAUGCUCCUCAUGGCACUGAACUGUCUCCAGCCCAGCCUGAGCCUGGGUGAGUGGGGGUCCUGGAUGGACGCGGCCAGCCAGACCCAAGGGGCUGGGGGCCCUGCUGGAGUGAUUGGACCCUGGGCGCCCACCUGCCUCCGACUGGGAGAGGCAGCCCCAGGGACCCCCAAGCCCGUCUCCGUGGCUCACCUUUUGUCCCCCGUGGCCACAGAGCUGGUGCCCUACACGCCGCAGAUAACAGCCUGGGACCUGGAAGGGAAGGUCACGGCCACCACCUUCUCCCUGGAGCAGCCGCGCUGUGUCUUCGACGGGCAUGCCAGCGCCGGCGACACCGUCUGGCUCGUGGUGGCCUUCAGCAAUGCCUCCAGGAGCUUCCAGAACCCAGAGACACUGGCUGACAUCCCGGCCUCCCCACAGCUGCUGACCGAUGGCCACUACAUGACCCUGCCCCUGUCUCUGGACCGGCUGCCCUGUGACGACCCCAUGGUGGGCAGCGGAGGUGCCCCCGUGCUGCGGGUGGGCCAUGACCACGGUUGCCAUCAGCGGCCCUUCUGCAACGCGCCCCUCCCUGGCCCUGGACCCUAUCGCGUGAAGUUCCUCCUGAUGGACGCCAGGGGCUCACCCAGGGCCGAGACCAAGUGGUCAGACCCCAUCACUCUCCACCAAGGGAAGACCCCCGGAUCCAUCGACACCUGGCCAGGGCGGCGAAGUGGCAGCAUGAUCGUUGUUACCUCCAUCCUCUCUUCUCUGAGCGGCCUCCUGCUCUUGGCCUUCUUGGCAGCCUCUACCGCACGCUUCUCCAGCCUGUGGUGGCCGGAGGAGGCCCCGGAGCAGCUGCGGAUCGGCUCCUUCAUGGGGAAGCGCUACAUGACCCACCACAUCCCGCCCAGCGAGGCUGCCACACUGCCAGUGGGCUGCGAGCCUGGCCAGGACCCCCUCCCCAGCCUCAGCCCCUAGCCUGGCCUCUGUGCAUGGGGCUGGGGGAGGUGGGGUGCAGGGAGCGAGUGCAUGGUGCUCUGUCCCAGCUCCUGCACCCACAGGCCCCCUCAGGGCUGCUCGCCUUUCCCCGCCGACCAGCACACCCCCUACCCUGCCUGGAAUCCCAGCACCAGCCCCCCUGCCUCUGCCUUUCCGGUUUCUCUCCCUCUCCAAACAUCUGUAAGUUGCACUCAGGAGGGUUUAGGGGAGGGUCAUGGGCAGACUGGACACCCAGUCCCCACCUCCAUCCCCACCUCUGUCUCACCUGACCUCCUUCGAGGAAGGCUGGAGGCUGUGUGGACAGGCCACCCUGACUGCAAGCUUCCAGACCCCAGGAGGAGGCCCGCAGGGGACCGUGCUUUGCCUGGUGCAGGAAGCUGGGCUCAUUCCGGGGCCUAUGAGACCUGAGCCGCCCUCUGUCCCCUGUCCCACCCAUCAGUGGCUGGGCAGGGUAAGGAUUCAGAGGCGUCCCCUACUGCCCCUGGGCACGGCACCUUUCUGAGAGUGGGACUCUCCAUGGUGAUCUGACUACCAAUUCUGGCCACCACCUCCAACCCUCUUGCGCAUACGGAUGGCUCUUGCCCGUAUCCACCCUCUCAAGCAUUUAUUAAGCACCUGCUGUAUGCCACAUACAGUGUUAGACUUGGGGCUUCAGGCAUAGCUGGUCCUGACCUUGGGGAGCUGCCUUCUCUAGACCUGAGACGACCACGUGUCCAGAUGUGACCUGUUGCUGUCGGAGGUCUGUCACGCCCUUAGACUGCCAUCCCAGGAGGCUCUCCGGGACCCAGGAGCCUCCAUCACCUGGAAGGACCCUCUGUGCAGAAGAACCCCAAGUGUCCAUCUGUGUACAAGGCCGGUGGUUCCCGUCGUCGCCACUCGGGGGCGCCAGCGAGUCGCAGCCAGGCUGCCUCACGGCCAGUGCGCAUGCGCACUCCUAUUCGCUGCCCCUCCUAUCUCCAAGGUGGUAGCAGAUGCCGCGUGGCGGGGUCGGUGGAGGUCAGUACUCUAGGCCUCCUUCCGCCAAGCCAGAGGGAUGAGCAGUCACGCCUGAGAGCCCGCUGCGUGCCAUACAGUCCGCCCAGCCGCCGCGAUUUUCUAAAUGGAGAAACUGAGGCUCAGUGAUUUGCCCGCUGCACUUUGUCCACGGCCGGCCGCGCUCCCAGGCCCUCUAAUGUGACCACGGCUCCCGGCCUGCAGGCCCUGCCCACAGAGGGCGCUCAGUGGUGACCCUUGGGCUGCAGCCCUCUUUGGAGGUGAAUAAAUGCGGUCUGGAGCCCA